UGGCGCAAUGCAAGACAAACAAACUGCGCGGUUAACUGAACAGCGCGAAAGCUUGUUUUUAUGAGAAGGUUGUUUUUUGCUUUCAUACAUUUUAUUAAUAAUGAUUGGUAUUGUGAAUGCAAAGGCAAAACGUAAGCAUGUAGAUGAAGACAUGUAUGAUCCGAAAAAGAGAAAGAUUGAGUUGCGAAGAUCAAACAGAAUUAGAAGGACUGAGGUAGAAGAGAAAAAAGAACUAAAAAGAGAAGAGGAAAAUGAAGAACAAGAGAAGGAAAAUAUCAUUGAAGUGAUUCAGCCAAAACCCAUUGAAGUUCAUAGUUCUUAUGUGCAUACAGAGUUGUCUGAUUACGAGAAGUUGAGGCUAAAGAAUAUCGAAGAAAACCAAAAGUUCUUUGCUUCAUUGGAAAUUUUUAAAACUAAAGAAGAUAUGAUGAUGGGGACUCCUAAAAUCAAAAAGCCAUCUUCUCGCGGUUUGAAGAGCGAGAAGAAGCCAGCAGAACCUAUUAUUCUACGCCCUCGUUCGCUGAGACUGCAGCGUAUUGAUCCAAGCGGUGAUCCGUUACCAAAAAUUGAAUUCACUGAACCAGUAGAAGAACAUCCAAGAAAACCAGCUGGACCCCUUGAUAUGACACCGACCAACAUUAAGAAUGAAAAUAAAGAAAAUCUAAGUACAGACUUCAGUAAAUGUAUGGAAUGCCUGCAAAAUCAACUUACAGAAACGGAAUCUCCUGAUAUGAAAAUGUGCGUGCUACCUCUCCUGAAGCUGGGACUUACGGAAGAAAGGGUCGCAAAAGUUGUUCCAAAUAGAAUAUUCUCCUUAGAUGUUCAUCGGUCUGCCUCAAAGCUCAUAAUUGGGGUAGGGGGAAAAUGGGGUCACCUAGGAAUCUGGGAUGUGGAGUCAAAGAAUGAGAAUGAUGGAGUUUUUCUCUUUGAACCUCACUCUCGACCAAUCAACUGCUUCAAAUUUGCACCAAUGGAUUGUGGAAAGUUUCUCUCCUGCAGUUAUGAUGGCACUGUACGAUGCGGUGACUUGAAUAAGCUGGUAUUCGAGGAUGUAUAUUGUACAAACCCUGAUGAAGACCAGUGGUUGAGUUACUUUGAUUUCCUAUCACCUGAUGGCUCUCAGCUUCUUAUUGGUCAGAAUAUGAAAGCAGGAUAUGCUGCCCUCAUUGACAGACGAACUAACAGUAGUUCUCCCGUUCAAACUUACAAGCUGCAUGAUCGCAAUGUUAAGACCGUAUCCAUCCACCCACUGAAGAAGAACUACUUUGUUACAGCUUCCACAGACACGACUGUUGCAUUGUGGGAUCUGCGUAUGUUAAGCAACGAAGGGAAGAACAAACCGCUGAGUUACCUGCCACACUUGAAAACUGUCUCAAGUGCGUUCUUCUCACCCGUGACCGGAAGCCAAGUUCUCACAACCUCCGUGGAUGACAGGUUGAGGAUUGCUGACUUUGAUAUGUCUGGGUCAACUCAAGGUCUGAAUUUAAAGACAACAAUAAGACACAACAAUCAUACUGGACGAUGGUUGUCAAGUUUCCGUGCCCAAUGGCACCCACGACUGGAAGAUGUAUUCGUUGUUGGUAGCAUGGACCGUCCAAGGAGGAUUGAGCUUUUUUCUACUGAUGGCACCAUUUUACACAACUAUAUGGAGGAGGAAUUUCUUUCAUCGGUUUGUUCUGUUAACGCAUUCCAUCCAUCACGAAACAUUCUGAUUGGUGGGAAUUCAAGUGGCCGUGUGCACGUUUUUAUGUGAGGAAGUGGAAUCAACACAUACUGUACUGUAUAUAAGAAGAUAUAUGAAGAAUUUUAAAGUUUUGCAUGUUUAUGUAAGUUAAAAUAUAGUCUUAAAGAAAACUGAUUUAAAUUAGGAAAACAAGGUUUAAUAAAGUGAAAGGGCAAAGGUAGAAAGUGAUAGCUAGAUAGAUGAGUAGAUGGUUUAAUGGAAUGAUGGAUGGAUGGAUGGCUUAGUAAAUGGGUAGAAGGAUUGAUGAAUGUGUGGAAGGAUUGAAAAAUCAGUGUAU